AAAUGGAAAAAAAAAGAGAAAAAAGGGAGAAAAAAAAAAAGCAGGAACCUUCCUUCUGCUUUCCCCUUUAUUCUCUUCUUCAAAGGCUAAGCUUGCUAGUGUGGGUGAAGGGGGGUUUUUGGGACGCCGCUAACAUCUCCACAUCGUCUCUCACCCUCGCCAGAUCUCCGAUUGGUGAUUGUUUGGAUGGAGGCCUCUAGGAAAGUCGUGCUUGCUGCUGUUCAGUUUGCUUGCUCUGAUUCUGUGUCUGAGAAUGUUGACACGGCGGAAAGGUUGAUUCGGGCUGCACAUGAGAAAGGUGCAAACAUUAUUCUUGUCCAGGAAUUAUUUGAAGGUUACUACUUCUGUCAGGCUCAAAAGGGGGAUUUCUUUGACUGUGCUAAGCCUUAUAAAGGGCAUCCGACAAUAGCAAGGAUGCAGAAACUAGCUAAGGAAUUGGGCGUUGUCCUACCUGUGAGCUUCUUUGAAGAAGCAAAUAAUGCUCAUUACAACUCAAUUGCCGUAAUUGAUGCUGAUGGGACUGACCUUGGACUCUACAGAAAAUCUCAUAUUCCUGAUGGACCAGGUUAUCAAGAAAAGUUCUAUUUCAAUCCAGGUGACACUGGGUUCAAGGUUUUUGCAACUAAAUUUGCAAAAAUUGGAGUUGCAAUUUGUUGGGAUCAAUGGUUUCCUGAGGCUGCACGGGCUAUGGCUAUUCAGGGAGCAGAAGUACUGCUUUAUCCCACUGCAAUUGGAUCGGAGCCACAAGAUCAAGAGCUUGAUUCUCGUGAACACUGGAAGCGUGUAAUGCAAGGACAUGCCGGAGCUAAUUUGGUUCCCCUUGUGGCUUCUAAUCGUAUUGGAAAGGAAACUAUUAAAACUGAACAUGGUGAUAGCUCGAUAACCUUCUAUGGCAAUUCAUUCAUCACUGGACCGACAGGAGAAAUACUGGCUCUUGCUAAUGAUAAAGACGAAGAUGUGUUGGUAGCCGAGUUUGACCUUAAUCAAAUCAAGUCCCAGAGGCAUAGUUGGGGUGUAUUUCGGGAUCGAAGGCCGGAGUUAUACAAGGUAUUGUUGUCAUUAGAUGGCAAAAAUACUGUUACAUUUUGAUGGAAUGAGUGGAAAUAAUGUACAAGAAUAAGACAAGCUUUCUUCUUGUAUCAUUGUAUAAGAAUGAGAUUUCUUCCAUGCUUUUAAUCAUAUUUAUGUAAAAUAAUUGCACCAUCUGAGGUUUCUCAAUGAAGCCUAAUUUUUGAUUAACUGAUCUCAUCUUUUGAGUUUUGACUUU